GAUAUGAAAGGGGGGAAUUAUGAAGUGGCAAACAGUAGACUACAGAGUUUGAAGCGUAGAUUGUUGAAAGAUGACAUUCUGUAUAUCAAGUAUACAAAAGGUAUUGAAAGUAAUUUUAUUAAGGGCUAUGCGGAGAAAGUCCCUGAAAUACAAGUGCAACCUAGUUAUCGACCCCGGUGGUAUUUACCUCACCAUGCAGUUUUAAACCCGAAAAAACCGGAAAAACUGAGAGUGGUAUUUGACUGUGCCGCCAAGUUUGCAGGCGUUUCUCUAAACGAUAUGAUUUAUCAGGGUCCCGACACAACUGCGGAGUUAGUGUGUAUACUAUUGCGUUUUCGCAAGGAAGCAGUCGCAAUCUCUGCGGAUGUGGAAGAAAUGUUCAUGCAAGUAAAGGUCCCUGAGUCUGAUCGAGGAGCCUUAAGAUUUCUGUGGUGGCAAGAGGGAGACAUGGCGAGGGAACCAUCCGAGUUUCAAAUGACAUCUCAUCCAUUUGGUGCCACAUCAUCGCCGUUUUGCGCGAACUUCGCCUUGAAUAAGACGGCACAAAUAUUCUCUGACGGUUAUGAUGGUUAUGUCGUAGAUGCUGUUAAGAAUAAUUUCUAUGUUGAUGACUGCUUGGUAUCCUUUCCCACUUGUGAUCAAGCAAAGAGUUUCGUUAAGCAGAUAAGUGAAUUAUUAUGUAGGGGAGGUUUUAAACUAAAGAAAUGGGUUACUAACUCGGAGGAGGUAAGGACCAUCUUGCCCGAUGUAUGUAAAGAAGAGUCCUUGAUAGAAAUGUCAGCGAGUUAUGACACUACACAUCGAACUCUAGGAGUAGAGUGGGAUUUUAAACGAGAUGUAUUCAAGUUUUACUUCGAUGCGCCUGAAAGGCCUCUGACUAGGAGAGGGAUUCUAUCUAUAGUUUCUUCUCUGUUCGAUCCUUUGGGUUUAAUUGCUCCAGUCUGUCUUACUGCCAAGGUUCUCUUGCAAAAACUAUGUAAGUCUCAAUUAGGCUGGGAUCAGCCUCUCAACGAGCCAUACGUGUCGGCGUGGCUAAAUUGGGUAAACUUUAUGCGUCAAAUAGGUCAUGUUACGGUAGAUAGGGGUAUCAAGAAGAGAAUUGACGAACCCGACGCGGAAGUAGAAUUGCACCUGUUCAGUGACGCUUCAGAGAUCGGUUACGGAGCAGUCGCGUACGCUCGAGUCAGUUAUUUGAAGGAACAACCCUACUGUAUUUUGUUAUACAGCAAGUCUAGGGUAGCACCUAUCAAACAGAUCACUAUACCGAGGCUAGAGAUGGCAGCGGCAGUGUUAAGUGUGAGGCUUAGCGAAGUCUUACGGAGAAGUCUGCCUAAUUUUUUCUGUAAGGUAAACUUCCAUACAGAUUCCAUGGUAGUAUUGUACUACAUCAAGAAUAUCGAGAAUCGCUAUAGCACCUAUAUAGCUAACCGUCUCGCCAUUGUGCAUCAGUAUACGAAGAUUGAACAAUGGAGUUAUGUAAGGUCGUCACAGAAUCCAGCUGAUUGGACCUCGAGAGGUAUACAAAAAAUGUCAGAUCUUGAGCUUUGGUUCAAAUGUCCUACCUUACUGCAUGGCGAAUUUUGUACAGCAAUCACUGACUGUCCGGAACCUACUCCUGACGAUAUUGAGUUUAGAAAAACUGCCGUGGUUAACUUGAGUAGUAUAAAGUACAACAUGUCACCUAUUCUCGCUUAUUAUUCUGAGUGGUUGAAAUUAGUCAGGGCCGUAGCCUGGCUUAGAAGGUUCAUAGAAUUUCUGAUGGUGCUUCGUUCACCGAGUCAUGAAGGAUCCGUUCAUCUAGGGUGUUUAAAGGUCAAAGAACUUGACGUCGCCAAGCGUAAAAUUUUGUUGAUGGUUCAGAAAGAAGUGUAUGGAGAAAUACUUAGUGGAUUUAAAACCAAUGGUAAGGUAGUUAGUCACAAUGAUCUGAAGGGCUUAUCACCGAUAAUGCUUGAUGGGUUACUCUGUGUUGGAGGCCGACUAAGCUACUCAGAUUUCUCAAAUGCCUUUAAACAUCCGAUAAUAUUGCCCAGUCGACACUUAGUGACAGAAAUGAUAAUUAGACAUUAUCAUAAGGAACAAGGGCACACAGGAACGUCACAAGUACUGGCCACGAUUCGAAAAAGGUAUUGGAUAAUAAAAGGGACCAGCACGGUUAAGAGAGUGAUAGGAAAGUGUGUGACAUGCCGGCGGUAUACGAUGGUUACAGGGCAACAAUUGAUGGCACCACUUCCAGCUUGUAGAGUGCAACAAGGAUGGUAUUGCUUCUCAGCCGUGGGAGUAGACUACUUUGGACCCCUUUUUGUCAAAAGAGGAAGAUCACUAGAAAAAAGAUAUGGGUGUGUAUUUACUUGCUUGCAAACCCGAGCAGUACAUAUUGAAAUGACACAUAGUUUGAAUACUGAUUCGUUUAUAAUGGCCUUGCUACGUUUCAUUGGAAGAAGAGGGAAACCUGCAGAAAUUUACAGUGACAAUGGGUCGAAUUUCGUGGGUGCGGUCUCUGAACUAAAGAGAUUUGUGCAACAGUUGAAUCAGCAAAGGAUAGACAAGGAACUGUCAGCUAGACAGAUUCAGUGGCAUUUUAACCCGCCCUCAUCCAGCCACAGGGGUGGGGUCUGGGAAAGGAUGAUUAGGUCUAUACGUAGACUGUUAUUGUUGAUAACUAGAGAACAGACUUUAACUGAUGAGACCUUAAGCACUUAUUUGAUUGAAGUUGAAAGGAUAUUGAACGAUCGACCCUUAACUCCAGUCGUCCAAGAUGCUAACGAUCAACUAGCCUUGUCGCCAAACAGUCUGUUAUUAUUGAGAGAAUGUGACGGAAUAGUCGAAGAAGGUAGCAUCAGAGAUAAAUAUGACAAACGAUGGAAACAGGUUAAUCAUCUUGCUAAUGUGUUUUGGAAAAGGUGGUUAAGAGAGUAUUUACCGUCUUUACAGAAGCGUCAAAAAUGGUUAGUUGAACAUCGCAAUUUUCAGAAAGGUGAUGUAGUGAUCGUGGCUUCGGACAUAUCGACCCGUGGAAAGUGGCCCUUAGGAGUAGUUGAAGAUUGUAAAAUAGAUGACGACGGAAGAGUUAGAACAGUGGUUGUUCGUACGAACGGUGGGUUAGUCAGAAGAGAUAUACGUAGAUUAUGCCUCCUGGAAGGCACGAAUUAAUUCCUCGCGUAUCAAUGUAAGUAGGUCGAGUAGGCGUACUGUUGUAAGUCCUACUCGUUCCUGUAGUGCGAUAUGUUAUAUAAUGAACCAUGACCGUAGACAUCAAGGUAGCUUGUGUGGUAUGGAGGGAUUUUGGGGGCCGGUGUAAGAUCCAUUUUGAAUGUUUUGUGUGUUUGUGAAAAUCCCUCCAUGUAUAUACUUGUACUUUGUUCCUAUUGAUUCCCUUAGUUGUACAUUGUUGUAUUUUGAUUACAUUUGAGUUGUUAAUACUUGUAUUUUUUAUUAUAGUUUUUGUUUUCUUACGCAUUCACUAAGUUUGUGUUUCUUCCUGAACUGCAUCUGUGUUGUUUUACUUGACACUUGUUCUUGGCGGUAGCCAUAUUGAUUUGUUCCUCCUGUUGUGUGUGAUCUAUCCAGCCAGGAUAGAAUAACGUUGAUUUGUUGUGAUUGGUAAAUUUCUUGCAUCCUUUAUCAACUUUCUUAUUUAUUGUAAUUAGAUUUGAUCAAUUGAACAAUUAUUGGUUGGAUAGCUGAGUGGUUAUAUUUGUUUAGGUAAUAAUGUACACUUAAAUUUAUGAUAAAUUAUAGAACCGCUAUCUUACCCA